AUGAUGUGGAAUGAAGGUUGGCAACUCAAUGAAAAUGGAUAUACUCCAUAUCUUCUCAGUUGUAAGAAUCCAGUUGCCCACAUCCCAACUUCAGUAUCGCUUGUGGAGAAGCCAUGUGAAGUCCCAACAAACAAUCUUAAAAUUAUUUUUAAUGAACCAGAAAAUGGUUUGAAGAAAUCAUUUGCAGUUUGUGGUAAGGACAUGAUCUUCAAAGAAGACAAAAGUUUGCAGCUUAUUGAAUGGAUUGAAAUCCUUUCGAUUCUAGGAGUUGACAAAAUAUUCUUUUAUGUUGUUGAAAUACCUCCUCAAAUGAUGAAAGUUUUGAAAUAUUACGAAUCUAAAGGAAGAGUUGGAAUAGAAUUCAUUUCAGAUGUGACUUUGCCAAGUAAUCAAAACAAAAGUGAAAUUCAAAGAAUUCAGAAUUUGAUGGUGUCACUUAAUGAUUGUUUCUUGAAGCACAUGAAUGAGUACAACAUAAUUUCAGCGUUAGAUACAGAUGAAAUGAUUUUACCUACCGAUGAUAAUGACAAAACAUGGCACGAACUUCUUUCCCGCAAGCAGAAAAAUGACGACCUUCCUCCCGCUUACGUUUUCGAUAACUUAUUUUUUCUUACUGACAGCAUUCGAGGCAAUGAAACUCAAGCUGAAGUUCCAGAAGAAUUCUUUUUUCUGCAGCACGUUUUUCGAGCUCAGAAUUUCUCAAGAAAAGGUGCCGGUUCUAAAUCAUUUUUCAAUACUGAGAAAGUUUUAGUGAUUCACAAUCAUUUCCCAAUGAUUUGCUUCGAUAGAGGUGUUCCCAGCUACGCUUGCCGUUUUCAAUACAUGCCCACUGAAUUUGGACGUCUUCAACAUUAUAAAACAGGUUGCGGGGGUGGUUAUAACAACGAAGAGUGUGAAAACUUUAAACACAAUGUUGUGAAAGAUCUCCUGUUAUGGAAAUAUAAAGACGAAAUUAUUGACAAUACUUUCGAUGUUACUGCAAUGAUCAAUAAUAAUUAA